AUGAAUUAUCCUUCACCUCAUGAAGCAGAGGUGGUGAUACAAUCACUCCGUAGUUAUAAGCAGAUGAAGAAAACCAGGGCCGGCUCUGGGGGCAGGCAACCCAGGCCACGGCCAGGGGCCCAGGAUGGACAGGGGCCCAAAAUUUUUUUGCGCUAUAUAACACACACAAUCACUCUGGACCUCAUGACCGUCGCGGGAGAGGCCCUCCAGACCAACAUCACCACCCUCGGGCCUCUCGUCCUCCCCAUGUCCGAGCAGCUCCUCUUCCUGGCAACACUCAUCGCGAAAAAGCUCCUAAAGAUGAAGGUCAAGCCCUACGUGCCCGACUUCAAGCUCGCGUUCGAGCACUUUUGCAUCCACACGGGCAGGCGGGGCGUGCUUGAUGAGCUCGAGAAGAAUCUGAAUUUAAGCAAGUGGGACAUGGAGCCUUCUAGAAUGACGUUGUAUAGGUUCGGGAACACGUCGAGCAGCUCGCUGUGGUACGUGCUGGGCCAGUAUGGGGCCUUGACAUCCAGCUUGGCCAAGGGCCCUUCAAAACACAGAGCCGGCGCUGAAGAAAACUCAUCUGUAUGA